AUAUAAACAGAGAGAAACCUGAGAGCGGCCACCGCGAGUGAUGGCCGACAGUCGUAUCUGCGAUUGGGUCACAAAGGAUUAAAGAAGAAGAAACAUUUAUUAUUUAUUUAUAGCCUAUUUAGAUAUAUCUAUGUGAACUUAAGUUUUCGUGUACAUGUUGCAAUAUGAAUCCUUUAACUAACGUCAAAAAUAUAAAGAAGCUCGCUGAGCAAGAAUUACAAGGUAACAAUAAAACAUCUUGGCACGAUCAAUAUAAAGAUAGCGCUUGGAUUUUCAUUGGUGGUUUACCAUAUGAUUUGACAGAAGGUGAUGUUAUUGCUAUCUUUUCUCAAUAUGGAGAAGUAGUUAAUAUAAACUUAAUCAGAGAUAAAGAUACUGGAAAACAAAAAGGAUAUGGUUUCUUGUGUUAUGAAGAUCAAAGGAGCACUAUAUUAGCAGUUGACAAUUUUAAUGGUAUAAAGAUUUUAGGUAGAGUAAUACGAGUGGAUCAUGUUACAAAUUACAAAGCACCAAAAGACUCCAAAAAUAUAGAUGAGGAAACAAAAAAAUUAAGAAAAGAGGGUUGUGCACCAAGAAGAGAUUGAGAUAUGUGCAUAUAAAAUAUUGAUCAAGAAUGAUAUCAAGAGGAACCGAAUUCGCUCAUCCAUUUCUCAUAUUUUUCCAAGUCCUCCUGGGAAACGCUUUUGUUACAUCUCUCAACAGCUUCAUCAAAAUCCGCGGCAGAUACAGGCAAGUCCAAUUCUUCUUUUGGCAAUUGCCUGAUUUGAUCGGGUCUUAAACCUGCGAUUUUCUUUCGCAUCAGCAUCAUAGAAGCAUCUCUAAAUAAUAAAAUGACGAGUGAAAUAUGUUACAAAAUAUUUGCAAAUUAUUAUUAUUUUAUAACAACUCUACUCACCUACAAACAUUUGUGAUAUCCGCUCCGGAAUAACCUUCGAGUUUCCUUGCAAUGUCUGCUAAGUUUACAGAUAAAUCCACUUUCACUUCA